CCCGAGAAGCCCGAGCGCGCAGUGACGAUGCGAUCGUCCGGACCGAGACUCAGCAUCAGCACCGAACCUCGAGCACACAGCCCGCCGCAGGAUGCCCGGGGGAAAGAGAGGGCUAGUGGCGCCGCAGAACACCUUCCUGGAGAACAUCGUCCGGCGCUCGAGCGAGACCAGCUUCCUGCUGGGAAACGCCCAGAUCGUGGAGUGGCCUGUCGUCUACAGCAAUGAUGGGUUCUGCAAGCUGUCUGGCUUCCACAGAGCUGAGGUCAUGCAGAAGAGCAGCACCUGCAGUUUUAUGUACGGAGAGCUGACGGACAAGAAGACCAUCGACAAAGUCCGGCAGACCUUUGACAACUAUGAGUCCAACUGCUUUGAGAUCCUGCUGUACAGGAAGAACAAAAGUCCGGUGUGGUUCUACAUGCAGGUCGCUCCCAUCAGGAAUGAAAACGACAAGGUGGUUUUGUUUCUCUGCACCUUCAAGGACAUCACUCUUUUCAAGCAGCCCAUCGAGGAUGAAAGCACCAAAGGAUGGACCAAAUUUGCUCGGCUGACACGGGCACUCACCAACAACCGCAACACGCUGCAGCAGCUGGCGCCCAUGGGCAAACAUGAGGUCAGCCAUAAACAGUCCAGACUGGCCGAGGUUCUGCAGCUGAACUCCGACAUUCUCCCUCAGUACAAACAGGAAGCUCCAAAGACCCCUCCUCACAUCAUCCUUCAUUACUGCACCUUCAAGACCACCUGGGACUGGGUCAUCCUCAUCCUCACCUUCUACACAGCCAUCAUGGUGCCCUACAAUGUGUCCUUUAAGACGAAGCAGAAUAACAUUGCUUGGCUGGUGCUGGACAGUGUGGUGGAUGUCAUCUUUCUGGUGGACAUAGUCCUCAACUUCCACACCACCUUCGUGGGUCCAGGUGGAGAAGUGAUCUCUGACCCCAAACUCAUCCGCAUGAACUAUCUGAAGACCUGGUUUGUUAUCGACCUGCUGUCCUGCCUGCCUUAUGACAUCAUCAAUGCCUUUGAGAACGUGGAUGAGGGCAUCAGCAGUCUGUUCAGCUCCCUGAAGGUGGUCCGGCUGCUGCGUCUGGGUCGGGUGGCGAGGAAGCUGGACCACUACCUGGAGUAUGGGGCAGCAGUUCUGGUCCUGCUGGUCUGUGUGUUUGGACUGGUGGCGCACUGGCUGGCCUGCAUCUGGUACAGCAUUGGGGACUAUGAGGUCAUCGAUGAGGUCACCAACACCAUCAAGAUGGACAGCUGGCUCUACCAGCUGGCCAUCAGCAUCGGAUCACCGUACCGCUACAACGUCAGUGGCUCCGGGCGAUGGGAAGGGGGGCCCGGCAAGGACUCCCUCUACAUCACUUCUUUGUAUUUCACCAUGACCAGCCUGACAACCAUUGGAUUCGGCAACAUCGCCCCCACCACCGACGGAGAGAAGAUCUUCUCUGUGGCCAUGAUGAUGGUUGGAUGUAAGUAAAGGCUCUGAUGAAGAACCAGAGCGUGUCUGACUGAAAUGUGAUUUUAUGGAGAUGAUGAGCAUAAAUCCUCUCACUGUUCAGUCUGUGGUUUGGUUGAGCGGUGGACAGGCUCACAGUGAAGCUGCAACACUGAAAUGGCUGAUUGGCUUCUUGAUGUUGAAGAAAGGGCUUGAUUGUG